AGCUACCCUUCACCAUUUGCUCUCUUCCUUCCCACCCCAUUUUCUUCAUCACUAUUUCAUGCCCCCCAGCUCUGUUCCACCCACCCCCCCCCUACUUUCACAGCUUUAAAGGUACCCACCAAAUGGAGCUUUAGAAAUUUCGGUUUAGGCUGUGUGCUGGUGAGUCUCUAAGUCUCUUCCAACUUUAUGUGGCAAUUCUAAGAUUCAAGUAAACUCGGGGAGGUCAAAAAGGAAAUAGAGGCUUUUCUUUUUUGAAAUUACCAUUAUUGAACAAGGACACAUCCUACACCUUCAAUUAUGUCCAACGGUGUGCCAAAAAAACGAAAUCACUCAAAUUUUAUGGCACUAGCACAACCUGUCAUUGACCUUAGUUCCAAUGGUGAAGACAAUGGUAGGAGGAGGUCAUCGAAUGUGCAUCAGAAAAUAAAGCUGGAACCUCCUCCGGAACACCAUCAACAGGUCAUGGAUAUGGAGGUUCAGUAUCCAAACAAUCUUACAGCACUAGCACCUCCUGCCAUCGUCCUUAGUUCUGAUGACGAAGACAAUGGAAGUAGGGAGCCACUUCAUCUGUAUCCGAAGAUUGUAUUGGAGCCUCCUCCUCCUACAGAACAUGAUCAACGUGUCAUUGAUAUGGAAACUAAAUCUUCAAACAAUAUUGCAGCAGUAGGACCAUCUGUGGUUUUCCUUAGUUCCGAUGAUGAAGACGAUGAGAGUAGGAUGAUAUUUCAUGAGAAGGUUGUCUUGGAGCCUGUUGAUAGACUUCUAAAGAAGAGCUCUAUGGAUAGUGUAGAGAUGAAUGCUCAAAGAAAAGAGUUGGAAACUAUACCUGGAUUGAAUAUGGGGAUGCAUAAAGACAUAAAGGACGGUGUACAGAGCACGGAUCAUAUCUGGAAAGAUGUAGAUGUUGGUGCAGCAGAAGAUGUGGCUGGUCUAGAACUCAUUGAUUGUCACGGGCAUGAUAUUCUGGUUCAGGAUUGUUUAGCAAGCAAAGAUCACCUAGAAGAGUUGAAAACAUUGGCCGAAAAAGAUGUAGAUAUUGAUGGAGACAGAACUUCUGAAAAGGAGUUCAGUGAUCAAAGUAAUUCUGAAAGUAUAGAAGAUAUACAAAGCAUAGCUCCAAGCACAGAGGUCGGAACUCUAGUUCAUGAAAAUGAUAUGGUGGUUGGGGAAGGUAAUGUGGAAGAUGAUAUGAAGGAUAGUGGUAAAAUCAAUGUUGAGGAAGAUGAUAGACAUGACACAGAGGAAGAUGAUGAAAACAAUAUCAAGGAAGAUGAUCUGAGUGAUAUUGAGGAAGAUGAUGUAAAUGAUAAUGAGGAAGAUGAUGCAAAUGAUAUUGAGGGAGAGGAUCUAACAGAUGCAUGGAACGAGAUGACAAUGGCAUUACAAUGUGCCAAGGAUAUUGCUGUCGGUCCUUCAGCUGAUGAUCCAUCUAGUGAAUGUGGGGAAGAAUGUGAUCACUACUUCAUCCUGAAGGAUGAUCUUGGGUUAGUGUGUCGUAUUUGUGGAGUUAUUCAGAAGGGGAUUGAUACCAUAUUUGAGUUCCAGUAUAAUAAGGGAAAAAGGAGUACACGCACUUAUGUGCAAGAACCGCGGGAUGCCAACAACACAGAGCCAACUGAGAGUUCCUCACUUGGAAUCAAGCUUACUACUGGGCGUGAUUUAAUGGAAACAGAAUUUUCUGCUCAUCCAAGUCAUAGAAAGCACAUGAAACCACAUCAAGUAGAGGGGUUUAAUUUUCUUUGUAGCAAUUUGUUGGGAGACAACCCAGGUGGUUGCAUUCUUGCUCAUGCCCCUGGUUCAGGAAAGACUUUUCUGAUUAUAAGUUUUGUCCAGAGUUACUUAGCCAGGUUUCCCGAUGCUAGACCACUUGUUGUUCUACCUAAAACCAUUUUGGAUACAUGGAAGAAAGAGUUCCGGAUAUGGCAAGUUGAGGACAUUCCUUUGCAUGAUUUCUAUACUUCCAAGGCAGACAAGCGGUCUCAACAGUUGAAUGUAUUAAAACAAUGGGUAGAGCAGAAGAGCAUCCUUUUCUUAGGGUAUCAACAGUUCUCUACUAUAAUGUGCGACAUUGGCAGUAGCAAGACAUCGGAUAAAUGCCGAGAAAUUCUGCAGAAGUCCCCUAGUCUUCUCAUAUUGGAUGAAGGUCACACACCAAGGAAUGAUGAAACUAAUCAGUUUCAAGCUCUUGUAAGAGUACAGACCCCACUGAAAGUAGUUCUCUCAGGAACACUCUAUCAAAACCAUGUCAAAGAAGUCUUCACUCUCUUAGAUCUUGUUCGUCCAAAGUUUCUGAAAUUGGACACUUCCCGGGAGAUUGUGAAGCGGAUCAUGAGCAUAGUACGGAUAUCGGGUGUGAGGAAACAAUUAAAAGGUGGAGGAGAUUCAGCUUUUUUCGACCUAGUAGAGCAUACCCUCAAGAAAGAUGAAGACUUUAAGAGGAAGGUAGCCAUUGUACAAGAUCUUCGAGAAAUGACCAGGAAGGUGCUCCAUUAUUAUAAAGGUGACUUUUUAGAUGAACUUCCUGGGCUUGUUGAGUUCACACUACUACUCGGCCUCACUUCAAGACAGAAAGCUGAAUUUGAAAAAUUGAAGGGAUUGGACAAGUUAAGGAGAAUGCCUGUUGGGAGCCUUGUCUCUAUGCAUCCAGAGUUGAGAUAUCUUUCAGAAAAAAAUCCAUCAACUGAGAAGGGCUGCACAGUUGAUAAUAAGACCAUGGAUCGAUUCUUAGAAAAGUUAAAUUUCAGAGAUGGAGUAAAAGCUAAAUUCUUUCUUAAUAUGCUUGCGUUGUGUGAAUCAAAUGAUGAGAAGCUACUGGUUUUCAGCCAAUAUCUCCUGCCCCUGAAACUUAUGGAGAGAUUAGCUGUGAAGGAAAUGGGUUGGAGUCUCAACAAGGAGAUUUUUGUGUUAACCGGUGAUACAAACUCUAAGCAAAAAGAAUGGUCUAUGGAACUCUUUAACACCUCACCGGAUGCUAAAGUGUUAUUUGGUUCCAUUAGAGCUUGUGGGGAAGGUAUCUCGCUUGUGGGAGCUUCUCGUGUCCUUAUUAUGGAAGUCCAGCUCAACCCUUCAGUGACUCGGCAAGCAAUCGGACGUGCAUUUCGACCAGGUCAGAAGAAGAAAGUGCACGUCUAUAGAUUGGUUGCUGCUGACUCACCAGAGGAGGAUGACCACGUGCUCUCUUAUACCAAGGAGAUGAUAUCAAAGAUAUGGUUCGAGUGGACUGAGAGCUGUGGACAUCAAGGCUACUCUGGUAUGAAGACUGUAGAUCUAAAUGACUCUGGUGAUAUGUUCUUGGAAAGUCAGUUGUUGAAGGAAGAUAUAAAGGUUUUGCAGAAAAGGUAAAACAUCAAGGACUCUAGGAACAUCUAUAUAAUCUCACCCAUUGCUUCAUGACUUUCAAAGCUUCAAGGACACCGGCAUUCUCAGUGUAGGUAGUCCAUUUUGAAACAUGCAUAUAUGCUGGUAGUAGAUAUGCAACUGCUGAGGAGUUUCCUUCUUUUUGUAUUUAUAUAUGCAGACUGCAAUGCCAAUUGUUAAUGUACAUAUGGGUUUAGAAAUUUAUCAGAUUCAGGUGCUGAUAGAGCUUAUAAUCUCUUUGUGACAUUUACCUGAAGGGGAAAAGAAUUCAGAAAGAGCAAGGGUUGACAA